AUGGACGUCGCGGCGUUUAACGAUGAGGCUGCUGUUGGGGCUGCGGCGGUUGCGCCGCCUGCGUCGAGGGCGAAGAGUGAGGGCGAGGUGGAUACACGCGACGGCGAAGUUGACGAGGGCUGUAACGGGUACAUUCCAACGUCUGCUGCUGACAGUAUCGAGGGCCAUCCGACGUGGAGCCUUCUUCUCACCGUCACUCGCGCCGAAGCGUAUUCUCAGCCUCCGUUUACGCCUUUCGAGGCGCUUUCGCACCCAGCUCCUUCGGCGGUUUCCGCGGAUCCGCUUUCCCCCUCCGCGCGCAGCCCGCCGCCUCCCGCCACCCCGCGCGCUCAAGCCCGCGGGGAUGUUAGCUCCGCGCCAGAACCCAGCGCGGGGAACUCCGCGGCGGGCGCGCUGUGCGCCACUGUGGCUCCCGCGGAGCAUUCAGCGCUUCUGGGGGCGGCGCAGCAGCAGGCGCAGCUUCAGGGGGCGGCGCAUCCGGCGCAGCAGGUGCUGCUGCCGCUGCUGCUGGUGGCGGAAGCGACUGAAGGGUCCGCCAAUCCGCACUGCGACUACUGCCGCAGCUCGGGUUGGUGCCACCACCCCAUCGCUGCGCACAAGUACCAUUUCAUCAUUCCUGCCAAGAACCCGCACUCGCACCCACGCGCCGAGUCACAGGUGCUUGCAACCACAGCCAGUAGCAUGAGUCCACGCGGCACGCGCAGCACCACCAGCACCAGCAACCACCACCCCUCGUCCCACCACAACCAGCACCACCACACGAGCAUCACGGCUGCUGCUUGCCGCUCUCAGUCGCUCGCCGCCCCCACGCACCUCCUGCACGGGGUUAUCCAUACCAACGGCUUCGGCCACCUCGUGACGCUCAAUGGCCGGGCGGCAGGCUCGCACGUGCUGUCCGGGCGGCAGCUGAUGCAGCUGUGGGACAACAUCUGCACCAUGCUGCGCGCCAGGGAGGUGAGCGUAGAGGACCUAUCGCACAAGCUCUCCUUCUCCUCAGACUAUCGCCUCCUCCACACUCUCGCCUUCUCGCACUCCUGGUUCGCCCGCUGGGGCUACUCCUUUGCUCACGGCGCCUUUGGCAUCACGCAGCACCGCUACAGCCAGGCUGUAGCGCGUGUGGCCGGCACACGCCUGCUGCCGCUGCUGCAGCAGCUGCGGGGCAUCAACACGGGGAUUGCCUCCCGCGUAGCAGCAGUGGUUGCCAAGUAUCAGUCGCAUGUGGUUGGGAACAAGUGCCUGUCUGAGGACCAGUCUGAGGGUGAAAACCGCAGGACCAGUCUGUGCCCACACGUCUUGGAUGCUUCACAUGAGACUCACCAUGACCAUCACCACCUACCACAUGCCCCUCAUUUUUCACAUGGCCCGCACAGCCCGCAUGCUGCCCCACCCAACCUCACCCUGCAGCACCUCUUCUCAUCCCUCCUCGCCCUGCGCUCCUCCCUCCCCCUCCCGCUGCACCACCAGCACCACCACUUCCCCCACCUCCUCCACCCCUCCUCUCUCCCGCUCCCCUUAACUCUCACUACCCCUACUCCUCCCACUGCUCCCUCUACUCCUGCUGCUGCAGCAGCAGCGCCGCUAGCUGCUGUCCCUUCUCUUGCCUCCUCCCGUUCCCCCCUCCUCUCCUUCUCUGCUCGUCACCUCCUCGCCCCUCCGCCGCCCCUCACCCUCCCCCCGCUCUUCCCGCCGCUGCAGCCAAUGGCGGCGCGCCAGCUGUCGGGCGAGCCCAGCCCUACCUCCGCUUCCUGCUUGUCCGACGAGCUGUCGCCACGUCAGCAGCAGCAGCGCCUGCUGCAUCAGCAGCAGCAGCAGGCCCUGCCGUCCCCCGUUCCGCCUAUCAGCUACCAACAAAUGGACGUCCCUCCAUCUCCCAACGUUCCCACUCCCUCUACAAUCACGCCCGGUACACAGGUCAUCGUGGACGUGCUCUCCCUCCGCCCCGGCGCCUGGCUGCCUCGGCACGAGGUUCGGGAGGCGGCUCGGCAGAGGAUCGGCGACACAGGGUUGUUGGAUUUUGUGCUGAAGUCGCUGGGGAAUCGGUUGGUCGGGGAUGUGGUGGUGCGGAGAGCGAUUAAUCCGCUUAGUAAAGUGCUGGAGUUUAGCUUAGAGCCGCUGCAGCGGGAGGGUGGGGAGAGGGGUGGGGGAGGGGGUGGAGAGGGGAGGGAGGGGGUGGUUGGGGAGGAGGGGAGAGGAGGGUUGGAGGGGCAGCAGGGAGAGGUGCCGAUGGGGCCACAAUUCUUUAAGGAUUACAAGGGCGAGCUCACCAGGGAGCAAGCAGCACGAGCGGCGGUGGCGGCAGCAGGUGGAGAGGGGGGAGAGGGGAGGGAUGGCGUCGCUACAGAGGCAACGAGUGAAGAGGAGGAUGGGACGAUUCGAGUGCUCUGCAGCAUUGAUGCACGGGAUGCAGACACCGCUCGUGACUGGUCCAUACCUCCGCCCGAGCUCAUAACCCUGCCGCCCGAAGCAACCGUUUCGGACCUCAAGGCUGCUGCCUGCCGAGCCUUCGCCCAGACCUACCCUGUGGCUCGGCACAUGCAGGUCACUGCUUUGCCGGAAGACCUGGCGGAUCUUGAUGAUGACGAUGUGCUCUUUGGCUCGCUCGACUCGGGCGCCUCUCUGCUGCUCGCCAUAUCCAGCCUUGAUGCGCACAGCGAGUGGCGCUACGAGGGCGGCAACGACACGUGGGCCGUGCGGUGCGUGUGCGGCGCGCGGGACGACGACGGCGAGCGCAUGAUCGCGUGCGACGAGUGCGGCGUGUGGCAGCACACGCGGUGCGCUGGGAUCGAGGAUGCUGCGCCUGCUCCCAUGCGCUUCCUGUGCUUGGGGUGCAGAGCGGUGCAGAAGGAUCUUUGCCGGGAGGUUAAGGUGGAUUGUGGUGAGAAGAAAGGAGCACGCAGAGUGGUGAAGAGUGAGCAGACCUUGCUAAGCCACGGGGGUAGUGGCAGCAGGCAGAGGCAGGGCGUUGGGCAGAAAAGGCGAAGGGACAGGGAGAGGGAUGGUGGGUGCAGCGAAGAUUUUCUGGGGGCUUUUGAGUGCUCUGAGGAGAGAGAGGAGGUUGGGGAGGGAGAAGAGGAUGAGGAGGGUGGGGCAGGGGGGGAUGGGAGAGGGUCGGGAUGA